AAAAGAGAGCAGUAGCCCAGCCCUAGAAGGGAUGGAGAGACAGAGAGAGAGAAAGAGAGAGCCAGAGCGAGAGCAAUUAUACAGUGUAAAAUCCAUGCGAAUUCAGCUUUAGUUGUAGUGCAGCAUCCAGAUCAGCAGGCUCCUUCACCGCUGGGGAACAACCCGCCUUUUGUGUUCCCCCUCCCCGCUGCAGUGGGGGAGUGCAUUUACCGUCGCGCCCAAGGGGAGAAGCCUAGAAGUAUCCUCCAAUCAGCCGUUAGUGAUUUCUCUAAUCUUGUGGCGCUGCUGAUGGUGAUUUAUCACUGACCUGAGACAAGCGCUGCACUCUGCUAACACCCCAACCACCUGGAAUACUCCACCAUGGUUUUUUAUUUCUUUUCUUAAACACAAAUACCCUCCUGUGGAUUUUUCAAAUAGAAUGACCAGAGGACAAAAGGAGGAUUAAAAUGGACUGCCAUUCUUGAAUUUCCUUUUUCUUCCUGCUGCAGAUUGAAGAUGGACUAACUUUUAUGGGUGCAUUUGUGCCACAUGAGAACCUCCUUUCAUACUGAAUGCUUUGAUAGAAGAAUUUAGGCAUUUUUUUCUGAAUUAUUUGUCAUAUUUCAUAUCAGAUUUUAUUCUGAAAGCACGGCAGGCAGGGUGACGAUUGUAGACAGUCCACUGCAAUAAUCAUGUCAGACUGAUACUCAGGUACAUAGAGGUAUAUAGGGAUGGAAAAGAGAUGGCGAUGGAGAGAGGGGGGGGGGACAGUUGGAGCACACCUGCCUGCUGAACAUGUCUGACACCUCGCUGUAGCUUGAUUAGUACCUGAUCUCCAGACUAUCAGGUUGUCUUUUCCCAAGCUAUCGUGCCUUUCACUGAGUGGAGAUUGCUUCCCUGUGUGCUCUUGUGUAUGAGUAUAUAACCGUGAGUGAGUAAGUGUGUUUGUGUGUGUGUGUGUGGUUUGUGCUAGGAGCCAGAGUUUGGGAUUACAUUGCCUCUGGAAAGGAUACAGGUGUAGUGGAGCCUUGAAUGAGGAUUAGCUGCUCUAACACCUUGUCGCUGGCAGCACACAGGGUGGUGGACCUUUCAGACAAGACUCUUAAGUCUCACUGGAGGGUUAAAGAUAAAGGUUUAACCAACGCGAUGAGACUCCGAGGGCGAGGACGGGGACGGGAAGACAGUUGAGAAAGCUAUAUUGGGAUUUUGUCACAUUUCUAAUUCGGGCACUUUGAUUGAGGCUGAUCCUAAAGCGAGUGGGAGUUCCAUAUUAAUAGACUUAGGACAAUAAUAGCAACUGGUCAAGGACAAGUAAACUAAGUUAGAAAUUAGAGAAUGUGAUUGUAUAUCCACAGACUGGUAAAAAAACUGCCUAAAUGCAUGAAAUCAUUGGAUAUGUAAAAAACAAACAUCUAUGGUACUUAUGAUGAACAAUCUUGAUUUCCCCCAAUAACCUAGCAAGCACCAAAUCCAAUUGAUCCAAGAGUUGGUUUGAUAUUGAUUUCUCUACACAGUCAGGAUAGUCUUGUCUGAUCUCUGCUUGAGAAGUCAUUAAUUUAAUUGUAAUCCGCUCUCAACCUAGAGUAGUCGGUGCCGAGUACGCUGUAGCAUACAGAAUCAAUGGUCUAACAUUUGCCAUCAUAUCUGACAACAGACCAGAGAACCUGCUGCAGUCUACUUUAACAACCUCACAGUUUCGGCGGCACGUGUUGUUUACGUGUCUUGUGUUAUUUGGAGAGACAGUAUGAAAAAUGCUCUGUGUUCUUUUGACAGUUACAGAAGAUUUGGCAGCUUGUGUGCUUGUAGUUGAAAGAAGCGUGAGUUGUUGCCUGUCUCGAUGUGUGUGCAGGUGGGCAUGUUCUUCGGGCUUGUUUCCCUAGCGUACAGCUUAUCUUAGCACAGCAAAGGCUCAGAGAACCUGGCUAAUGGUGUAAUAUGCAUCACUCAACUUGCUUCACGUAAAAGUUAAAUUAGGAAAUACCUUUGACAGUGGAUUGAUCCUGAAGUGGAGGACGAGAGCAGGGCAGUCCUGACAGGGCUUUAUCUUUAAGUCUUAUUUAUCUUUAAGUUAUCUGUGGCCACACUCAGCAAUCCUUCAGCAAUCUGGGAAAGCAGAGCAGGUGGGAAACCUUCUGUGGGAGUGACAAGAAAAAAAAGCAGGAUUGAGGAAUGUUAUUUGACAGCUUUGUUGUUAGAAUAUACACCGUUCAAAGAGCAUUGCUGAAAGUGUGCUGUUUGGAGGUUUAGUGCUACGAAAGGGAAAAACCUGUGGAACAGCGUGGGGUAGUGUAGUGAGAGUUCUGCUCUACUCGGCAGAUUUCAACACUGAAAAACAAACCAGGCAGGGUGCUGCAUUAUCACCUUUGACAUGUCACUAGAUCAGCAUUGAUUUGUCUGCAACAACUGCCUAAUCAAUUAAAUGACAAGCACAAAACCAGCAGGACUCUUAAAAACAUCUUUUUCGCCACACCCAAGAUUACAAGUGAAACUGGAUGAUCCACAACAAGCACACGAACUUAAACAAGCAACCUUUUCGCCUGCGAUGGAGACAGAAACACACACAUGGUCUCGCGGCUCUGAAACUAUCGCCACAUUUGAAUUUCCGCUGGAUUAUAACACUUGAAUUGUGAACAAGAAGAGGAGAACAGUGACGCAGCCGAACAAACUGUCCAUCUGCCCCCGGCAGGCAUGUGUUGUGUGUUACUCUGAGGAGGAGUGGAGUAGAAUAGCACAAGCCUGCGAAUGAGGGUGGGGCUCUCCUACUGCCACAGACAAAGACUUUGAUAAAGAGAGUCCUGGUGUGAGAAUUGGUCAAGUGGGGCAGUUUUGGACCUGCACAGUCCGGCACCGUGUCAAAAGUCACAAUGGGGUGUAACAUGUGCGUGGUCCAAAAGCCUGAGGAACAAUACAAGGUCAUGUUCCAGAAGGGUCACAUGAACAACAUGUUGUGCUCGUUCGACGCUGACGGUCGAUUAAAGGUGAAUGGAAAGGAUCUGUCCUGCCUUUCCGGGGAUCCCACCCUGGACAUACGGGACCCCGUGCUGUCCAACAUACUGAGGCGGGGGCCCCGCAAACGCGCAGGCCUAGCGGGAGCCCCUGGAGGGUUAGUGCCAGUGACCAUGGGCAUGGCCGACUGUGUGGACAGCUGCACCCAAACGGACAUCAGCUUCCAACAUAUGUUGACUCUGGGCAAGAGCAGCCAGCACCCCUGUGGAGCUCCACCCCCACCCGACCCGCCGCCGUCGCCUCCACUGCCGCCCUUACUGGAGCCAUAUCUACUCAAUGAACUCUUUAUAGAGCCUGUAUACUACGACCCCACUGACUACUUUGAUAUCACCCAUCAUGAAGUGGACAGGCAGGAUGAGCUGGAAUAUGAGGAGGUGGAGCUGUAUAAGUCUCGUCAGCAGGACAAACUCGGCCUGACAGUGUGUUACAGAACCGAUGAGGAGGAGGACCUGGGAAUAUAUGUGGGAGAGGUGAACCCAAACAGUAUAGCUGCAAUUGAUGGACGCAUUCGCAAGGGAGACAGAAUACUGCAGAUAAAUGGAGUGGACAUCCAGGACAGAGAGGAGGCAGUAGCUAUUCUCACCAGAGAGGACAGCACUAAUGUCUCUCUGCUCCUCGCACGACCUGAGAUAGAGAAUGACAACCAGCUGGACCCAGAUGAGUUGGAGUUGGAGCCACUGGACAACGCUGUUCAUCUGUCCAGCAGCCACAGAGUGUGGAACGGAACCUCCGUCCUGGGUGCUCGACCAGGCAGCGUUACUGGUGGGGGUGUACUCGGCAGCAAUGGUCGCUCCAUGAACAGGGAUUCACCGGAUUUGCUCAAGACGGUGCUGAGCAACAGCCAGGAGCUGGACAGCGGGGUGGGCCGUACAGAUGAAAGCACCCGCUAUGAGGAGUCUUCAGAACAUGACCUUCUGGGAGACGACCACACCAGUGCCUCCAAUACCAACGCCACCAACACGCCUGGCAGCAUGCGCAAGUUCCUGUCCAGCAGAGGGGACACUCCGCCCUUGCUGCACUCCCAGGACCUCCAGUUCAGCACGGACUCUCUCUUAGGGCUGGACUGUGUUUAUGGAGGAGGGCUGGAACAGGUGGAGCGAUUGGAGAGGGCCUACGCGGCAGAUCCUUUGAGGAUGAUGAUGAUGCCUGGGCUGACUGAGGAGGAGUGUGAGAGGUACAAAGAGCUCCUGGAAAUCAAGUGUUACUAUGAGAAGAACAGUAAAGCUCUGAUGCUGCUGGAAGGUCAGGGGCCAGCAGAAGACGAAGGCGGUGUCUCACUGGAUGUUAACAGGAAUGAGAGCUUGACGCAGCAUGAGAUGGCCCUUCUGGAAGAAGAACUACGCCACUUGGAGUUCAAGUGUCGCAACAUCCUGAGGGCACAAAAGAUGCAGCAGCUGAGGGAGCGUUGUCUGAAGGCGUGGCCUCUCGAGGAGAAAAAUGGAGCAAGUGCAGGGGCUGGAGUAGGAGCUGGACGCUUGGACAUAAGUGGCACUUUGGUCAGUGAGGAUUCCUGUCACCACGCUUUGUCAGAUAUCAAUGAGCUCCCAGAAAGGGAGCGCUCAGAUAAGGACAGCACGAGUGCCUACAACACCGGAGGGGAAAGUUGCAGGAGCACCCCUCUGGUCAAUGAACAGUAUCCUUCACCCUCUUCACAGAGCCUGGAGGGAGGAGAACCCUUUCUCCCAGCAGGUAUGCCGCUACCAACCUCCACAAGACAGAGAGAGAGAGGGACCCGGGCCGAAAGAGGGGACAGGACGCAAGCAAAUCUCAACCAACCCUACUCUCCCCACAGUCACAGGAGACGAGCCGAAGCGAAGACAUCCAGCCCCGCAGCUAAGGUUAGGUCCCUGUCUCGGGACAGAGGAACCCGGCGGGGCUCAGACGGAGAGGUGAGACGUAACCCCAGAGCCAAUGGGACAGCCGAGAGGGCCGGGGGAUACAGUGCGGACAACAGCCCGUACCUGUCCCGCCGUCAGACUGACACAAAGCCGCCGCAGCACUACCUGAGCUGCAUGCAGCUUAGGUCUCCCUCCACCACUGAGCGGCUUGGUGGACUCAGAGAUACAGCCAGAGAGGGCAGCAUGGAGACUUGGGGCGACACCAGCCCAAUGAGCUUGGGCAGCACAUGUAAAGAUGUUGCCCAAGCCCCAGGAGCUGUACCUAUGUCCCCUCCAUUGCUGCCGGCGUCCCCUCGUAUGGAGUGGAAGGUGAAGAUCCGCAGCGACGGCUCUCGCUACGUGGCCAAGCGCCCUGUGAGGGAUCGCCUCCUGAAAGCACGGGCCAUGAAGAUCAGAGAGGAGCGCAGCGGCAUGACGACGGACGACGAUGCUGUGAGUGAAAUGAAGAUGGGCCGUUACUGGAGCAAAGAGGAGCGCAAGCAGCAGCUGCUGAAGGCCCGAGAGCAGCGGCGUCGCAGGGAGUUCAUGAUGCAGAGCCGUCUCGACUGUUUGAGGGAGGAGCGGGAGCAGGGUGGCAGCGGUGGAGGACAGCAGGGGACCACGCAGCAGCAGGAACCCACCUCCAUCCUGGAGCUGUGCCACCGGAGGAGCAUGAAGAAGCGGAGUCGCCGAAUCCUGGACAACUGGAUCACUAUACAAGAGCUACUGGCCCAUGGGACCAGGUCUGCUGAUGGGAAGAAAGUAUAUAACCCCCUGCUGUCCGUCACCACAGUCUGAGAUGAGAUGGGAAGCGGAGAGUUGGGGAGAGAUAAGAAAUUGUUAAUAUAUAUAGGAUAAUCAAGAGAUGCUUUAGCACACCUUGGCACAAGUAUUUGUCAGCUGGGAUGCUGCAACACUCUGAAACACAAAGUCCAUGAUGGUUUUAUACCUUAGGCACCAAGCUAAAAUGUUAAGAUUAGAGAAAAGCUCAUGAGACUGCCAUGGUUUGUCUAACAGUAUGGCCCUGAACAACAAGACAAAGCAUACAUUUACAAAAUUGUUGAAUUGAUUUCAGAAAUGCAUUCCAAAAUCAGAAAUGCAGUCAUACAUGUCACAAAUAUACUGCAGUAUAUUUUAAAUACACUGAAUCCCCUCUUUCACAUCCUCUGGUUGAAUGGACCUAAACCUGUCAUUUCCAUAAUGCUUUACCCCUGACGUCUUUUACAGAAACCUGCACCAGCUUGUCCGAUUUAAAAAUCCGACGUCAGUCAAUGCACAAGAUUAAAAAAGAAAGAUAGAACUGUGUGUAGCAUUUUUAAAAUAAUACAAUUCAGAGGGAGUCCAUUUAGAAAUGCAUCACCACCAGAGAUCUGUCUUCUUACAUACAGGAGAGGUGGCAUGGCACCACCUGCUGUUUAGCCAUUAAGGGACUGGUGCACAAUAGAAAUCUUUGCAGGCCUCUUCAUUUUUAUAAAAAGGACAAAAAAAGUGGGGCUAAGAACCACGCAGCUGUGAACACAUUAUGAAAAAAGCCACUUCUGUGCCAUAAAACUGGAUAUUUAGUGCCCAUAAUGGACUUUUGUUGAAGGAAAUUUUCCAAAACGAUGUGCCAGUUAAUGUAGUGACGACAUUGUUUUUGUUGCGUUCUUGUGGUGAUCAUGUACAAAUGCGCCUUUGUUUUGAUAGAGGAAAUGCAACAUCAUGCUCAGACCACAGCCGCUUUUUUUUUUUUUUUGAUAACGAGAAGCUGAGCGGUGCCUUCCUUUCAGCCAGACUUGACUGUAUAGCACAAUACAAAAAGGCUGAGCUACUGUAGCUGACAAGUUAAACACUAAAGCACAGAGCCACGGACGGCUUCAUGUUUUACGAAGAAGGGCACGGUGUGCAUUUUGUCGUAUAAAAGCACAGAAACAAUUUGAUGUGGUUUCAUUCAGAAAUGAAUGAAAUCUCAUCAAAUGAUCUUUUCUCUGUUUGCUAUUUCAAAAUACUUUCUCUGGACCGAGUUUUGGCCAGUAUGCAAUAUCAUUUAUUUGAAUGUUGAUUGUGAACAAGGCUAUUUCAUGGCAAAUUAAGAUAAUUCUUAGCCACAAAAGAAUCCCUGUUAAUUGGGUCUGCAGCUAACAUGGGGGUUUCUAUUAAUUUCCUGUCAGAUGUCACUCCCAAACUUGAUUCAGAGGUUUUCACUUGUUUUAUUUGUUCUCAGAACAAUUAUCCAGCUAAAAUACCUAGAACGACAAGGACAGCCAAGAAAAGGGUGUUGAUAAAAUUUUGUGAACAAAAGCAGAUUCCACCUUUGGCUUACAUGCAUGUUUGAUAUUGAGGCAGAAAUUCCCCCCCCCCCCCCCCCCCAUAUACUUUACAACUCCUUUUAACAUACUGUAUUUGUGGAUGUGUCUAUGAACUUGAUUAAAACUCUAGCAUAGUUAAAGAAAACAUGGUGUACUUGUUCAGUAUUGUGAUGUCUGUUCUGUGUCUGCCAUUUUACAGUAAAAGCUUUUCUUAAUAAA